AAUGUCGUCUGUGGUGCUCUGCCCACCUAUUUAAUCCCCCAUCUGGACGCUUUCCGUUCCUUACAGCGACUCGACAACCCGCGAAGCAAUUCAAGGCCAAGUCUGCCCCGAAGCGCACAGCCAGCACUGAGAACAACAAUAAACUUCUAGGCGUGCUCUUUGAAGGUGGUCCAAGUACUCUUCCUUCGCCGCAGUGCCCUUCAUGUUCUUCUCAGUCGCCCGGUCGCGACUCUUUAUUGCAUUCGCCUUUUUCUCGCCCUCCUUAGUCCAGGCGCAUGAGAACAGAUUAUUCACUUCAUCCGUAUCUUACUGUUCACCCCCUGACAGCUUGCUCGUUGAGCAACUCGAUAUCGUCUACUUCCAACGCAACGCAUCAGUUUCUUUCAAUGUCUCCGCCGCCAGUGUGCUUCCGAACGUGAACGUCACCGCAAACCUCUUUGUCAACGUCUACGGCAUGCGUCCCUAUAACCUCACCCUAGAUCUCUGCGGGCUCCUCGGAGGUGCACUCUGCCCACUCCCUACUUACAACUUUACUGGAGCCGAUUCGAUAACGCUACCAUCUUCCAUCGACAUCUCCGAUUUUCUUCCCGGCAUAGCGUACAAAAUCCCUGACCUCGAGGCCUUCGUGCAGCUGACGCUUACGGAGGUCGGCACCAACACAGUCCGCGCGUGUCUCCAGGCGACUGUGUCUAACGGCUGGUCGGUCCGCCAGAAAGCCGUCGAGUGGGCGACAGGCGGCAUUGCAUUUUUGGCACUCGCCUCCGCAGUUUUCUAUUCGUAUUUCCGACCCGACUCCCUCGCGCCAGUGCGUUUCCUCGACGUCAUCUACCUCUUCCAAUCCAUCACCGCCUCGGCACUUCUCGGCCUGAACUAUCCUUCGGUCUACCGCGCAUAUGCCCUCAACUUCGCGUGGGCUUUCGGGCUCUUCAGCCAGUCGGGCUCAUCGUCCAUCCAGACGUCGAUUAACAAUAUGCGCCGUCUUACCGGUGGCACCGUCGACCAGUCCGGUUCGGGCGACUCGGCCAUCUCGCUCGUCAACAGGAAACUCAGUCCCUACAACAAUAUUCAGAGUUUAUUCGCCUCCCUGCCGCAGGUUGAUCUCAAGUCGUUCGUCGAGAACAACGUCACACUUCCCGCCAUCCAAUCCCACACUCCUCAAGUCCUUGCUGACAGCUCAGACGUCGCCACCGUGACCCAGGGGUCGUCCAACACGCUCCAAGCCGGCAUCCCCAUCCAUGUUAGUCUUCUUGGUAUUUCGACCGGCAACGCCUUCAUGACUAUAUUUUUCGUUACUCUCAUAUUAACCGCCAUCGUCCUCUUUCUUCUCGGCACUGCCUGGCUAUUCACACACGCGCUCACACACCAUACAAGCUGGGGUAAUACGCGCAAGAACCAGCUGAACAGCGCUAUCGCACACUACCCAUCGUUCGCCCGCGCAUGGCUCUUCCGCACCGCGCUCGUCUGCGUUACACCUGUUUUCAUCUUCGCCUUUUACCAGUGGACGCUAGGCGACUCGUGGCUAGCGGAUCUGCUAGCAGUCCUGCUGUUGCUCAACGUCUUGAUCGCUGUCAGUAUUCCGAUAUUGCUCAUCUUACGCCCCACGCUAGUCUCCCGCUACUUCCGCACGCGCGAAAUCGAGGACCCCGCUCAGUCGCCUUCGCUCAUGCCCUUCACAUCCCCACUGCGGCAAGAGCGGCUCUACUUCAUCAUUCCCCUCGCCGUGGCUAUUCUUGUCAAGACCCUCGUUGUUGGAUUUGGCGAAAAGCACGGCAUGGUACAGGCGAUUAUCAUUCUAAUCACAGAGAUCCUACUUUUCGGCAUACUCCUUAUCCGCAAGCCGUACCGCACACGCGGGGCCGACUUCUUCUCGGGCACGCUUGCUGUCGUACGCAUUGUUUGCGCCGGCCUUACCAUCGCAUUCAGCAUCUCAAUCGGGCUCAACGCGAUUCCGCGCGUUGCUAUUGGCAUUGUUGCCGCCGUCAUCUGGUCGCUUGCUGUCUUGCUCGUGUUCUUCAACGUGCUCGUGAACCUCGGCACGUGGCGCCUCAUUCGGCGGGUGUUCCCAUUCCGACGUCGUGGCUCGCUCGCCAGCGAGACGACGUUCGCUAACGAGAACGGCUCUGAGCCAUCGCUCGAACACAAGGAGGACCCGGAGAAGACGGUUUCGCCCAUGUCUUCGACGUACUACCGGCGCCCCGAGAACCCGGAGCCAACGCAUACGCUAUCGACUGCGUCCGCUGUCUCCCCGGUGACAACGCUGAGCCGCUUUAGUGACCUACCAAGCGAGUACUCGCCUGCGACUGCGACGACUGCGACGACGCUUGGCGAGUCUCUGCCGCACCGCUGGUCGUUCCGCCACUCGCGGCCGCCGUCGACGUCUCUCGGCUCACACGGUGGGCUCUCUCCCGUGACACCGAGCGGCGAGUCAAUGUACAUAACGCCACGGGAAAGCUUGCGACGGUCAAGUAACAAUCCACUGCCGUCUUCGUAAUAUAACCUACUGCCUCGUUUUCUGGAUACAUAGCUAUACUUACCACGCACGCAUGAUAUCCACCAGCUUAAUACCUACCUGACCCGAAUUCUCGCACAUCUGCACGCUAUCUUCUAGCUACUCACCUUCACUCCGCACGGACGCUCAAUUCCACGCAAUUCAAUUAGACAGUAGACAAGGAUCUG